AGAAUCGAAGUGCCAGAGAAAAGCUCACUUUUCAUCUAAUUUCUUCACCAGCGAGUUCUAACGAUGGUAACCCAUUUGAAAUCUUCUCUUCAUUUUCCAGUGCUCUUCUUUCUAACUAAUCUACCAUUCCACGUACUCCAACGCCCCUCCCUAUCGUGUCUAAGGCUCUAGGUUAGCUGUUCCUACGCUCUGAUUCGUCUCCUCUCCUUUUUAACUGUCCGAAAAAAUAUGGCGCCCCCUCCGGACAGCUGCUGGUUGCUGAGAUGAUAAAACCCGAUGGGACUGCCCAGAAUCGGAAGUGGCAGCUCUUGGGACUGGCGUAUGAAAGGCAGAGGGAAGGAGUGUGUGCGGCUAUGGACAGAAGGUAGGUCUGCGGCGGUUGUGAUGGUUAGCGGCGAUGGUGAGCGGCAAAUGGUUACUAUGACUUUGAAAGUCUUAUCUAUAGCCAGAAAAUGUGAUGGUGGCGGUGAAAUCCGAGAUGGCAGAGGGGAGAAGUAUCGAGAGGGAUAUGAAGGGUGUGCGACUCUGGAAGAACUGGAGCCACUACCGUCGAAGGGCUACAGCUGAACCAGCAUCGGGGAUUUGGGUGUGGGCGAAGGAUGAACGGAGGGAGAACGUGGAGGCUGAAAAUAGAAUAGUUAUUUUUUG